AUGUUUCCAUUCACUUUCAGAGAGCUGAAUGUGCUGAAAGAGGAAAAGUUCAGCUUGGUGGAACUUGUUCAUUACUUCUUUACUGAAACCAAAGAAGCAGGAAUCUGCAGCUUUGAAGACUUCCAGGUUGUGUUCAUCUUUGAUGGUCUGGAUGAGUGUCGACUUCCUCUGGACUUCCACAAAACUACAAUAUUAACUGACACUAGAGAGCCCACAUCCGUGGACGUGCUGCUGAUAAACCUCAUCAGGGGGAAACUGCUUCCCUCUGCUCACCUCUGGAUAACCACACGACCUGCAGCAGCCAAUCAGAUCCCACCUGACUGUGUUCACAGGGUGACAGAGGUGAGAGGGUUCACUGACUCACAGAACGAAGAGUAUUUCAGGAAGAGAUUCAGAGAUGAGGAGCAGGCCAGAAGAAUCCUUUCUCAUGUCAAGACCUCACAAAGCCUCCACAUCAUGUGUCACAUCCCAGUCUUCUGCUGGAUCACUGCUACAGUUUUGGAGAAUGUGCUGAAAACCAGAGAGGGAGGGCGGCUACCCAAGAACCUGACUGAGAUGUACAUCCACUUUCUGGUGGUUCAGGCCAAAGUGAAGAAGGUCAGAUUUGAUGGAGGGAGUCAGAUAGAUUCACACUGGAUUCCAGAGAGCAGGAUGAUGAUUGAGUCACUGGGAAAACUGGCUUUUGAUCAUCUGCAGAAAGGAAACCUGAUCUUCUAUGAAUCAGACCUGAAAGAGUGCGGCAUCGAUAUCAGAGCAGCCAUAGUGUUCGCAGGAGUGUUCACACAGAUCUUUAAAGAGGAGAGAGGACUGUACCAGGACAAGGUGUUCUCCUUUAUUCAUUUGAGUGUUCAGGAGUUUCUGGCUGCUCUUUAUGUCCAUCUGACCUUCAUCAACUCCGGAGUCAAUCUGCUGGAAGAGCAACAAACCACCUCCCAGAAGUCAGAAACAACAGAAUCUUCAGCGUCUCACUUCUACCAGAGUGCUGUUGACAAGGCCUUACAGAGUCCAAACGGACACCUGGACUUGUUCCUCCGCUUCCUCCUGGGUCUUUCAAUGCAGACCAGUCAGACUCUCCUACAAGGUUUGCAGACACGUACAGAAGGUAGUUCACUGAACAAUCAGGAAACUGUCCAGUACAUCAAGAAGAAGCUCAGUGAGAAUCUGUCAGGAGAGAAAAGCAUCAAUCUGUUUCACUGUCUGAAUGAAGUGAAUGAUCGUUCUCUAGUGGAGGAGGUCCAGCGGUACAUGAGUUUAGGACGUUUCUCCAUACGUAAUUAUUCCCCUGCUCAGUGGUCAGCUCUGGUCUUAAUCUUCGUCUCAUCAAAAAAAGAUGUAGACCCAAAGACAUUUUCUUCAGAGAAGGCUCUUCUGGAGCUGCUGCCAGAGGUCAAUGCCUCUAAUAAAUCUCUACUGAGUCUCUGUAACCUGUCAGAGGCAAACUGUGAAGCUCUGUCCUCAGUCCUCAGCUCCCAGUCCUCCAAUCUCAUAGACCUGGGCCUGAGUAACAGAAACCUGCAGGAUUCAGGAGAGGAGCCUCUGUCUGAUGGACUGAAGAGUCCACACUGUAAAACUCUCAGAGUGAUGGGCUGUAACCUCUCAGAGAGAAGCUUUGAAGCUUUGUCCUCGGUUCUUAGUUCUCAGUCCUCUAGUUUGGGAGAGCUGGACCUGAGUAACUCCAAUCUCACAGGAGCGAAGCGUCUUUGUGAUGGACUGAAGAGUCCAAACUGUAAACUCAAUACUCUUAGACUGAGUCACUGUAGCCUCUCAAAUGGAAAUUGUGAAGCUCUGUCCUCAGUUCUCAGCUCCCAGUCCUGCAGUCUGAAAGAGCUGGACCUGAGUAACUCUGACCUGAAGGAUUCACAAGUGAAGCUCCUGUCUGAUGGAUUAAAGAGUGCAAACUUUAAACUGGAAACUCUCAGGAAACAAACACUAGCCAAACACACGGUUCGUCCUGGUGGUCAGGCGUCGGUCAUCCAGAUUCCAGAGGUGCUGUAA